GUAGUGGUAAAGAGUUUCAGAAGUUGAAGAGACAUAAUGGAAAAAGGCAUUGAGCCAUUGACGAGUUUAGAAUAGCGAGUAAAUGACGGUGUGUGUCAAGUGUCAACUCACCUUGGUUUACGAGCCAACUCUUCCUUCCUUCCUUCCUUCCUUGUUUGCUUUAUUUAUUUACUCCUCCUAAUUAUACCACAUCAUGCAGUAUUAAGUAGCAGUAGCAGUUCCUCCAUCAUCAUUUCUUCCAAAAUAUGAAACCUUCUAAUUUCCCUUUCUGGGGGCAGAGAGUUUCGCGGGAAAAACCUGUGACUAUCAGCUUACAUCCCAACAAGCGUCUUCAAAUCUGUCGGGCUACUUUAGGUUUUGGUGUUGAUAAACUUAGCAAGGAAAGAAGUUUGUUGUCAGUGAAACACGGGGAUAACCCUGAAAUUUACUUGUGCUCACUGAGUUUGCGUAGUUGUGAAUCAUAUACCUUGAAUGAUGAGUUUAAAGGACCUGAUGAUGUCAUCUUAUCAGUUGAAGGUCCUAGACCAAUCCACUUGGUUGGCUACUUGUAUCAGGAUUAUCCGUUGCCUACUACAUUAAUGGUUGAUAAUGCAGGGGGAGUUGCUAUAAAUGAUUUUUAUCAAGAACAAGGGUCGUUUAAACCAAUUCACCACUUGAAAAUCAUUCAAGAUGUUGCUGCAAUUAACCAUCAAGCUAAUCAACAAGGUGAGAAAAAGUUAGAACGGAAAAGAGAGGAUACUUGUCUGCCAAAUGCUCAUGGAGCUGAUGGAAACAACUGUGAAGGGGUUGAUACUGGAGGAAUUGCUAGCCGUAAAGAAGAAUCCUUGUCAAGUAUCUUGCCUGUAAAUGAUUUUCAUGAAAAACAAGGGUCGCCGAAAGCAAUUCACGAGAUGAAAUUCAUUGAAGAUGUUGCUGCAAGAAACCAAGGAAAUCAAGCUGUAAUUCAAGAAGCUAGUCAACAAGGGGUUGGUAACGAAGAUGGAGUUUCUAGCCGAAAAGAAGAAUCCUUGUUAAGUAUCUUGCCUAUAAGUGAUCUUCAUGAAAAACCAAUUCAAAAUGAUGAGACUGUAUUCAGUUCUUUCGCCAACUUGCUAGAUGCGAUUGAUCUUCAUGGUAUAGCUGAUGUUGUGGAUAAAGUGGUCAGAAAAGAAGUGAGUAUCAAUAUAUAUCUACAAUCUAGGGUGAUGGAUGAAGCUCGUAAGCAAAUAUCAAUUAACGGCAGUGAGAUGAAGUUCAUUGAAGAUGUGUUUGCAAGAAACCAAGGAAAUGAAAUUGUCUUAGUAGAAGAUAAUCAACAACAAGGAAGUUGCGUAAGAAGAAAGCUUGAUUAUCUAGUGCAGACAACAGGAAGUCAAGAAGCUGUUGUUGGGAAUGAAAAGGAGGUAAUGCAAACAACAGGAAGCCAACUAGAACAAGCUGUUGGGAAUGAAAAGGAGGAAGUGCAAACAGAAAGCCAACAAGAACGAGUUGUUGGGAAUGAAAAGGAGGUAGUGCAAACAACGGGAAACCAACAUGCUUUUGGGAAUCAAAAGGAGAAAGUGCGAACAACAGGUAAGGAGGUAGUGCAAACAGGAAGCCAACAAGCUCUUGGGAAUGAAAAGGAGAGUGGGAAAAAAAGAAAACGGAAAAAGAAGAUCAACCAUCCGCGAAAAAAGAAAAGCUUAUGGAGAUGAUGAUGGGACUCCUGCUGCUGAUACUUCAAAACAACCAGAAGUAGAACUAGUGAUAAUCUGUCUGAAAGCGCGGGAACAGUUGAUUUUGCUUAAUCUAAACGUAUUUGGCAAGCGUUGUUGCUUUUGAUACCUCAUUUUGUAAACUACAUGGGGAUUUUAUAUCAACUUGAUGGUUCAUUUUGGUGAUUUUCGUUUGCUUUAGAUGCUUCAUUUGUUAACUACACGGGGAUUUUAUAUCAUCUUGAUGGUUCAUUUUGGUGAAUACGCAUUGAAGAAAAAUGACAUAAAUAUCAUUUUUAUUUUGUUCA